CGCAAUAUAGGGCCACUCGAUUAUACUACGCUAAAACUCAUAGUCGCUACACAGACUGAUGAGGGACGGUCGGGCUGCGUCGUCUUGGUGCGUUGAAUGUGGUCGCUUGAAGUUGCCAAAGCUUUGGGGCAGUGGAAUCAAGUCGUUUCGAGGAGACGACGGCACGCCGAGGCCGACCUUAUCGAAUUCUUCCUCCACGAACGCUGUGGUGGUGGGCUGCGCCACGCGCCUCCACCGGUCAGGACGGCAUUCCUUUGUGCUAUCUUGAUACGUAUAAGCAGAUGUGUGGGCUGGACCAUGGUCCCAUGUUCUGUACUCGUGCAGGACGAGCGGUUGCAGGUAUUGCGCAUUGGUUGUGGUCUUGGGCGGCGGCUGGUGUGGAGGGACGGGUUCCGAGUCGAUACAAAACUUGGAAAAAUCGUGGGACGUCGGUGGACUCAGCUCUUGGCUGGACAGUGUCGUCGUCGUGGACGAUCGAAACGAUCGUUUGGGCAUGUUCAGAUGAUGCUGGGCGAGAUGUUGGUGGAGAGCUGUCGACGCCGCCAUGGUGGGCUGCGGGGGUUUCACAACGUCGACGGUCGCUACGUCCUCUUCCAGCAUUCGAAUUGCCAUGUGCCCACUGCGAUCUGAUGACCGAGAGUGCCGCUGGCUGGAUCGGGGCGACGACAAUCGCGUUGGGUGCUGCUGGUCAAACGAACGAUGGGCACUUCGGUUCAUUUCUCUGUCUUGAUAGCCAGAAUGCUGAGAGCGCGUAACUCCUGGGCUGGACACGACGAGGUGCUCCGAGAUAGACCGGCCAGCGUGACGUUUUGACAUGAAAAGGCGUCGGGUCAGUGUGGACUCGUUGCUGCUCGUACUGCAUGGCAGACAAGCCCGAACGGAUUUACGCUCGACGGCGCCAAGCAUGACGGUGGUCGAGCACACGUUGCAGAUGGCCCCGGUGCAGAGCCGGCAGUGGUGUCGCCGUCGAAACAGCGUGAACGUUUUGAGGCACGUGGAGCAGUGCAGUUCGUCGCCGAAUUCGACAUGGUCGGCCACAGCCACCGACACAUCGCGGCACAUGACAGCGAUUUCGUGAACGAACGUGUACGCCAUGCGCUCCAUCCACUUUUCGCGCUUGCGAUUCCGCAUGGCACACAGGAUAAAGCUGACACGCGAUACGUCACGGUCGUGUGUUCGUUCAAUGAGAAAGCCCGAUCGAUUCAGGUUGACGCGGGUGGCCGAGGAGUACGGGACAGGAAACAGAUCGACGGCGUCCCAUAGCUGCGUCAUGAACUCGAUCGAGGCGUCGGGUGCAGUCGCCAGAUCGAGCUCGUGUCGACGGCUAUCGUAAACUUUUGUGUGGCUGAGAAAGAUAAAGUCGUGAUAUUCGGCGCCUUCCGUGCCAAACGUCAUCCAGUGCAGGUGUGCUGUGUCGUGGGGCUUGCCAACGUCUGUCGUUCCACGGUGGAUGGCUCCAAGCGUGUCGCCGCGAUGAAACCACGGCUUCCCGAUCUUCGUCAUGACCUGGUGGAAGUGAUUGCCCAAGUCGAGGGAAGCCGCAAGCGGUCCAACUUGGCUUGACGCGUUCACCGACGCUCUGACCAUGUAGUCGCCAGAUGACGAGUACCCCUGGCACAACAACACGCCAUUCUUCUCCUUGUAGUACGUCCACUGACUCGACUUGGACGACGACGACGACACGAUCGAUGUGUCUUGAUACAGAAAGUCGUGGCUCUUGACGACCGCGGCAUGCAUGAGUUUGUCGUGGACCGACGCGGGGAACCCAUUGGCGGCGAUCCCGUGUAGGCGGCGUAGGAACACGUUGGCCGCUUCGUCGGCAACGGCUGUUGGAUUGCGAGCGUGCAUCGACGACAGGGUCGGCCCGAGCAUGGCACCGUGCUGCAUGUGUCCUAGCUUGGCUCGACGCAGAGAUGGUAUAAACAACGGUGCCUCGCAGUGUGUACCUCCAAAAGUUGGGGUCCGUACCAUACAGUGC